UUGCAGCACAACAUUCAUCUCUCUUCUCUCGUCACACUAGAUCCCCCUAUCCUUCUGAUGCGACACUCAUCGCGGCGGCGAGACGCCGGGACAGCGAAAAGCCGAUGCGAGGAGGCAGAGUGGUGGCGCGCGCAUCUUCGUCUCAGACCAUGGCCGGCGUCGCCCCAGACCUCAGAGACUCAACAAUGGAUGAUGAGGAACCUACUGAUGGAUCUUUCUCAACACGUGUUUUUGCCUUGGUUGUGUCUGUUUGCGCGGAAACAUCUGAAUGAUGAAAAGAGGGUAGUCAUAAACAAGUCAGCUUCAGAUCUAUGAUGAAUAUCGCCUCAUUCUCUGUACCAGCUUCUCGCUUGCGUCAGGUUGCUGAGAAACAUCUGAAUGACGACAAGAGGGGAAUCUUAAAUGAUUGCAACUUUGUUUCUUUGAUGAAUAUUUCCCCCUUUUAUGUACCAGAUGAGCUGCUAGACCGGGUAGUCAUGAAGAUUGACCCUAAGCAGGGUUUGUUUAGUCAUAAAGAGAAAGAUAUAUUUGUACUUGAGAAGGUGAGGAACCACGAAAUUGUGACCAUCGAGAGGUCUUGGGUUCUUUUAUGCAUCACGCUUGUGCUAGUGCUUCGCACCGGCAACAUGGUGCCCUUGAGUACCUUGCUAGCCUGAAGGACAUCUCUGAACUCGACGAUUUUGCGUGAGAUGAGUGCAUCUUGGCUGCUGCAUUGAGAGGUGAAGAAGUACCGACACAAAGAAGGAGGCUUGGGGUUCCCAGCUUCUCGAUUGGUCGUUGCCUACCAAUGUUUCUGAUAAUAUACAAGGACCAUAUGGAGGUGCCACGACCACGAUCAUGCAUUACUGAGCAAAUGGGGUGGUUCGCGCCGCACCGAAAUGCCAUUGCUCCUCCGCUGCGGCAAGGAGGUUGUGGCAUCGUGCUGCUGCUGCAUGUGAGCUCGUCGAGAUGCGAGCUCAUCUCCCUCAAUAUCUGGCGGCACCCACCGUUGUGCUGUGUUGCAACACCCUUGGCGCUACCACGUGGGACUGUUGUGGCGGGGCGUCUUUGCAACACCACCGCUGCUGCAAUUGCUGUUGCGCGUGCGCACGUCCAGGGCAUCUCCCUCAACUCCGGCGUCCGCCACUGUCAUGCUAGUUGCAACACCAUCGAUGCUGCCGGUGAAGGCUGCUGUAGCGGGGCGUCUGAUACUGCUGCUUUGCAACAACACCGCUACUGCAAAGGCUGCUGCGUGUGCACCGGACCCGACAGGGCAUCUCCCUCGACUCGACCGCCGAAGCUGCAUUGGAACACUAGUGCUGCGAUUGGAUACUACUAUGUAGUGGGCGUCUGGUGAUGCUACUUUGUAACACCAGCGCUGCUGCAAGGUCCACGACGGCGACGCGUGCUGCGAUCCCAGGGGGGUUGCGGAGCUGCGAGCUAACAAGCUGUGAAGCCGAGGGUUCGAUGCUAAGUACAAUUGGUGCCCGUGCUACGAGGAGCCUGCCAUUCGGUGAUGUGAAGCAGGCAAUGGAGAAACUAUUUUAGCGUUGUGAAGCUAGCCACCGGCUCUUCCUAUUGUCACGCGAGUGGCGAGGCAGGGGAUAUGAUAGAGUGAGAUGAGGGGUUAGAUCAGACGGUUAUUAAUGAUUUAAUCAUGCGGCUGGCGAGGCGGUUGAUCCCCUGCGUGGAUCAGCCGGUUGAUUUGUAGCUCUCGCCAUAACAUAACAUAACAGGACCCACCACCUGCAGAGGAAGCCAGAGUCCUGAUAUCCAGUCCAGCACGUCGUAAGAGACUAGAAUUGCAUGGACUCUGUGUCUGCAGUUGUAUUGUAUAGGACAUCUUUGUUCCUCGGAGACUCCGUGCAUCAGACUCGAACAGAUCUGCCUCCUACCUCGUCUUCUCCCCUCUGACCCUUCUUCCUUGGCCGCCAUGGACGAUUUGCCGCACUGCACCUGCGAGAAGACCCAGUGCCUCCAGCGCUACUGCCAUUGCUUCGAGGCCUGGGUGUUCUGCGACGAGGGGUGCUCCUGCCAGGGCUGCCGCAACACAGAGGACAACUCCGACGAGGUGGAUGAGCGCGCAGAGUGCAUCAUGAAGAAGAAGCCCGACGCCUUCAAGCCCAAGAUCAUCGCCGGCGAUGGGCCUGGGCUGCAACAGCAGCAGCAAGCAGCAGGGGUGCACGUCAAGGGAUGCAACUGCCGCAAUUCUGAAUGCAAGAAGCUCUACUGCGAGUGCUUCAAGCACAGCGUCGGGUGCAGCGACAAGUGCCAGUGCACAGGGUGCGCCAACACCUUCGGAGUGAAAGGCGCGGCUCAACAAGCACAUAGUGACGGUCCUCAAGGAACAUCUGGCGGCUCCGGUGAAACACUUGCCCGUUCGAAUGGAUCGUCCGCAAUCAUCAACCACGACAUGGCUUCUCAGUCGACAGAAACAAGCAUCAUGGACGAUAUCCACAUCCCCAGCGAAUUGAGUCACAUGGAUGCUGAUCUUGGUCCACCAACUCAAGCCCUAGGUGACGGCGGCCUCGAGGACAUCAUCUUCCAUACAGACUUUGAGCACAAUAUUGAUCCCCAAGCACAUCAGGGGUUGGCGCAGCAGGCCGAUGCAUCGCUGAGCAAUGACGCAAACUCCCUACUAGAGCAGGGCCCUUCAAAAACUGACACUUGUGAUCUUCUCCACCAUGGUAGCCAGAUCAACAAACUCGGUGGAAUUUGAUCUUGAUGAAGCUGAUGAUCAACUUAAAACCAUACUCCACUUGAGUAUAGUGAUGCUGAUACAUACAGCUCGCCUAGUUUGAGAUUUGCUCAGUGUAGUUUAUUAUCUUCCAAAUAGCCACAAAUAUUUUCCCAAAGAAUUUGAUGAAUCCGUAAUUAGUACAUAUAUGGUUAUUAUCUUCCAAA